UCUAUGGCUGCAACGAGACGCUGAAGGAGCGGUGCGCGGAGGACGAAGGCGCCGAUUGGCCCAACAUUAAACACAUCCCUAAUAUUGUUGUCUCACCGCAAAGAAAAUGAGAGGUGUGUACACUUUUUUGUCUUUUUCUUUUGUUUGUUUGCUUUUGUGCUCCUAGGAAAGCAUCUGCCGCUACGCUUGAAAUAGGGGACAAGACUUGAUGUUGAGCGUCCAGGGUAAAAUUUAUCCUUUUAGAUUUUUUUUUUUAAAGGUUCCUGAUGUUAUGAGCACUUGCUAGGGUUUUAUGUUAUUUUUGUUGCUGCUGUUGCGCAAUAAUAUGUCUAGCUCUAAUCUUAUGUAUGUCUGGCUCUUAAUUCAUGAGUUCUUUAUUUAUCAAACUUCAGUUUUGUACGUGUUGAGCCACAAGUAUUCACAGCUAACAUAACGUAGAAGCUGCUCGACGAGACUGUUUACAAGAUUUUCAUGCUGCUCUUCAUUUCUUACAUAGACUUCUCAGAAGAAGGCAGGUCUUCUUUGAGUCGGGCUAUAAUUUGAUUUUGCGUCUGUUUUAUGCGAGCUUCUUUAGCCGGUGCAGCUAUUUCCUUUUCCCUUACCAUGCAUGAAGUUGGGCUUCUCAUAUCACAAACAAAAGUUCUGCCUUCAAACUUCUUCAUAUGCCAAUUCAGAGAGAAGAUAUGAGAGUAGAAGUUUGAAUCUUUAUGUGCAAACUUCUUUAUUUGCCUCCCCGUUUAAGAAGCUAAAUGAAUAUUGAGUCUCGAAUAAAAAAGAUAAUGCAAGCAGAUGAAGAUGUGGGAAAGAUAGCAAUGGCAACUCCUGUAUUAGUGUCUAAAGCCUUGGAAUUGUUUCUGCAAGACCUUUGUGACAGGACAUAUGACAUUACUCUUCAGAAAGGGGUGAAGACAAUGGGCUCUUUGCAUCUAAAGCAGUGUGUCCAUAGUUUCAAUGUCUUCGAUUUUCUCAAGGACAUAGUCAGCAAAGUGCCAGAUCUAGGAGGUUCAGAUGCAGGUGGUGACGAUAAAUCUUCCAAGCGAAGAAAAGCUGCUGCUGACGGGGGCAACAACAGUGAUGGGGACUUGAAAAGAAGCAAAACUGAGAUAAUAGCAGGCCAAAAUAGCAGCAGCAACAGUGGUCGAGGACGAGGAAGAGUUCGAGGCAGAGGCAGGCCUAAAGGCAGUGGCCGUAGAGUUGAGAGUACUCGAUAUGACAAGUUCGAAGAUGACCCAGGAACUUCUCCACAACAUGACGACGACAACAAACCUGAAGAUUUAAAAUCACCAGACGAGAACAAGAACACUAUAGUUGGUGAUAGUAAACCCCCUGUUCGAAACUUUGACUUGAAUUUGGAGUUGAAUAAGAGUGAAGAUGCAUCUGGAGAACAUCAUGAACCGAAGCAUGAAGAAUUUGAAGGAUUGCCGAUGUCUGAUAUAAAUAAGAUGGUCAUAGACCCUCUUAAGCUUUCUUUGUUGAAUGAUAGAGUAGAUGAGGAGGAAGAGGACUAUGAUAACGAAGAAGGUUGAUUAUUGUAGGACUGAUACAUAGAUUGUAGGCAAGUCUGGAAAUAGGGAGGGUUGGUUACACCUGUAGUUUAGAUUGUAGGCAAGUCUGGAAAUAGGGAGGGUUGGUUACACCUGUAGUAUUGCUGUUUUGAUUUUCCAACUUCUAUAGUUUCAUUGUUACAGAUAGAGCCUACAUUAAUUUUUUGAACUCUUUUACCCUUAGAUAUAUUCACUAAUUUCACCUAGGGGCAAUAUCCACCAAGAUUGCACCCACGGUAAAAUAGUCAAAAAGUUUAACCCAGGAGGUCUAUCUGCAGCAAUGAACCUAUUUAAGUCCUAGGUUCAAAAUGAAGGGAUUACAAGGGGCCAGUGUGCUAUUAACCCAAAUUAAAACUUACCUAGGGGAGGAAAAUUGAGAUCAAGGCUUUUUGGUGCCUUUUUGUAUAGAUUUAUCUAACAUGAAGCUGA